AUGGACAUCAUCAGUCAAUGUCCGGAUCACUUGCUCUUGCAAAUACUGUCAUUUAUACCAACAAAAGAUGUCAUUGUCACGAGUCGUUUGUCCAAAAGAUGGCGAUACCUUUGGAGAUCGGUGCCAAAACUUGAAUACUGUUGUAGAAGUCAAAACCAAAGAUUCACGCAGUUUGUUUACAGAUCUUUGCUAAAACAUAACGGUCCAGUUCUAGAGAGGUUGGUUCUCAAGAAUCUUAAUCUUAACCUUGAAUGCCGUGAUGUAGAUGUUGGGCUAUGGAUUGAUAUUGCAGUUAGUCGUCGUAUGCGUGAGCUUGAAAUUUCUAUUGCUUAUGCUGAGGAAAGAUCCUUCCGUUUGCCUCGUAGCUUAUAUACAUGUGAAACACUCGAGAGCUUGUUACUCAACAUCAAAGAUUGCGUUCUUGUGGAUGUUCCUUUAGCGGUUUGCCUCCCUUGCCUCAAAAAACUAUACCUUAGGAGUCCCGGUUUCGCAGACAAAACUUCUGUUCUUAGGCUUAUAUACGGUUGCCCUAAUCUUGAGGAGUUGAGUUUAGCACGACCUAAUGUCGAUGGCGACUGUACGAUACAUAUGGCAGGCCACACUAUAGAAUACACUGCUGAUGUGUCUUCCUUAAGAGGACGGCAUUUUUUUGAGAAAAAGUUCGACGAGAUGUUUGGAAAGGGUAGUAGUAAUGUGAUCAAGGCUCCUUUGAAAUAUUUUUUUGUUUCUAAUUAUGUUCUUCUCGACUCCCGUCGGAAAAUGCCUGAUUUGGUCAUGGCACGUAUUGGGACUAGUAAUAAAUCAGUUGCUCAGAAGUAUCUCAGAAAGCUUAGUUGGGUCAGAGGCCUUUAUCUAUGUUUAUCACUACCAGAGGUUAUGAAUCCUUCUGAAAUAAUCGUCCGUCACCUUGUUGACCUUAAGAUAUGUACGUGUACUCCAGGUUGGUGGGAUCUUCUUACUCAAAUGCUCCAAGAUUCCCCUAAACUACGGUUUCUCACACUCACCAAUCAUCAUUAUUGCCGUGGACUUCCUAGUUCAGAGAUCCCGAAUUGCUGGAAGCGGCCGAGUUCUGUUCCUGCGAGUUUGUUGUCCAGUCUUGAAGGUUUCAAGUGGAGUGGGUAUAAAGGUAGAGUAAGAGAUAAAGAAUUGGCAACAUAUGUCCUAGGGAAUGCAACUGGUUUAAAGAAAAGUUUCUCUUUGGACUCAAAUGAUUUUAGAGAGAAGUAUCGGAUGGUCCGGGAGUUAGCAGCUGUACGUAGGCCUUCCCCAUCAUGUCGGCUUCUGCUCGAUUGAACAUGUUAGCUUUGAAUAUCAGAGAUGUCGUAUAUUCUUUAAUAUUUUUCCCUCUUGCUUUUU